AAAGCCAAUAGCCACAAACUUGAAACUCCACGCUCCACAGUGGCUCCGCUGCCCUCACUUCCCGCCAUCUUCUCCCUCCGUUCCAAUCUCUGCAAACCCUAAUUUCAUUUCUCCCAAUUCCCCCAAUUGCUCACUCAAUUUUUAAUUUGCUUCCCAAAAUGCAGCCCCUCUCGUUCUCCAACGCCUUGACGUCCCCAACCCCUCUCUUCCUCCACACGGAGCUCUCCCACCUUUCCCUCCCAUCACUAACCCUAACCCCCAAACCCAUGAUAAUCCGGAUGGGCGGCGGGCCCAGAACCUUCCCCGGAGGCGUAUCCAAGUGGCAGUGGAAACGCAUGCAGGCCAAAAAAGCCAAGCAGCUCCUCAAGGCGCGGCUCUGCCGGGAGCGCCAAAUCUACGAGAUGCGAAAGAGGGCCGAGCUCAAAGCCGCCGUGUCCGAGCUCGAGCGGCCGUGGGAGGUCGUGGAGAAAGCUCCGAACUUGUUCUCUGUCAGCGCCGACGAGCAAGUCAAGGUCUUGGCCGAUAGGUUUCAGAAGCCUGGUGGGUUCGAUUUGUGGACGGAGAGGGACGGGCCCCAGUUGUUUCACACCAUGGAGGACUUGCCCUCCGCGAGGUUUUUCCCCAAAGGGGUUGUUCAUAGUGUGAGGCCGUAUAAAAGGAUUUCUGGGCUGGAGGAAUUGGAGGGUUUGGAGCUUGAAGAUGGAGGAUUUGGAGGAGCUGAGGAAUUGGGUGAUGGGUUUAAAAGUAAGGGAAAAUCGGGAAGUACAUCAUUGGAUUUAGAGGACUCAGAUGGAUGUUUGAAUCUAAAACAUUCUAUGGAAUCGUUGAGUGUGAAUGGCCAAGCUGCGAAGAAGUAUAGUGGCAGAGUGGGGAAGAGGGAGAAUAGGAGAAAAUCUGGGUCUUCAGGUGGGUUUGAAAAUGCAGAAGCUGGUUUUGACAGGAAACAGAGAGGACAGAGUCCCACAAUGCCCGGUGUAGAAGCUGGUUCUGAUAGAAAACAGAGAGGACAGAGUCUCACAAUGCGCGGUGGAAAGACUCAGCGUAGUAGACGAAAUGGUUCGGGGUCUGAAGUUUUUGAUAUGAGCUUGCUGCAAGAUGGGAGCUAUGAACUUAAAGUGCAAAAUGGCAAGCCAUGAAGUUUACAUUCAGAACUAAGUGAGUGGCAACUGGAGGAUCCUAAGAACUCGUAAAUUGACCGUGAAGACUUAAUUUUGGUGAUUAUGUGGAUCUCUCGUUUGCAUUAGUGUUUGGUAAAGGAUCUUGAUUCAGGAAGGCACCACUCUCCAAUCUGUAUGUGUAUAUUUAUGUUCUGUAGUUAUUUUAAGCUGAAGGAGUUGAAUGACAAUGUAAUUUUAGUCAAAGUACACAUAACAAUACUUAUGGACGAAUUGAUUAUAAUAUGCCAAGUGUUACACGAAUUUUU